AUGGCGGCCACUGCUCGCCGUGAAAUUGACACGGGGGAGGAGGAUAUAGCUGCCAUCGCCAAGCAGAUUUCGGAUCAUGCGGAAGCUAUUUAUCAAACAUGGAAAGCUCGUGGCCUCGCGCCCACGGAGAUACUGUCGUGCAGACCCACGCCCGGACUGAAACUGGCCGAGAGCCUACGGACCAAACCGAAGCCCGAACCGAAGCCUGAUUUAAAGCAACGUCCGGAGAUACGGAGAGAUCGGCCGGAGUUACGGUCCAAUAUACGUACUGAACAGAGAUCGGAGCCAAGACGAGAUAUUCGGCUCAAUCCGGAAAGUGAAACCGUUGAGAUAUCUCAUCCCCCAGAUUUAGUACCAGAACGGAACAAUCCCGGGUCGGGUAGCAAUACUAGACGCACAGAUUCAGCAGCUAUGAGGCUGGAGGUGGCGCGUGAGGAAGAAAGACUCUUAAGGGCGCUCCGUACAGGUGGUAUUGUUGCUGAACGACCGUCAGAGAGACCCGAUGUCGUGCCUCCAGUUUCGCUUGUAGACUACGCUAAAAGUAGAUAUCAGGAUAGAUUAGAUACUGGUGCGAAGAAACCAGCGACGGGAGCUAGUGGAGAAAGAAGGGCUUCUUUUGGUUCUCAUGUUACAGAGGCUAGGUCGAAGUUUGAGGCACGAGCUCGUCGCGCUUCUAGUGCAGGAGCCGGCGAGGCCUCCUCUUCAUCAGGCGCAGGGCCGGUUCGUCCUUUCUUGACGAGAGGCUCCGUGGCUGAGCGGGUUCUCAUGUUCGAAAGAUGUCCCAGCGAAGCAACAUUAGAAUUAGCUAAACGAAAAUCCCCAGCUACUGCGACGUGGCGAGGAUCCCACGACGUUAUUGGAAGAGCUCAGGUAAAAUAUUAUCAAUUACAUGUUAAUCACUAUACUAACAAUACGUGA